CUUUGAGGUGUCACCACGUGCUGCUGCUGUUCUCCAGAAAGGAUGGAAAACAAGACAUAGAAAAAUGAAGAUCCUUCUGUUCUUGUGUAUCGGGGCAUCUCUUGUGCACUUGGGGGUCCAGGAAUAUUCCUAUCUGACACUUACAGCCCCCAAACAUUUGCCUCGACAGAAUUCCCAUGACUAUGUGUUUUUGAGCCUUGCAUUUAAUCUUGGGUUUCUUGACUCCGUAUAUGAAGAGUUGGAGAAUCCUGAAGGCACGUUUCAUUCUGCUGAUGGAGUCGCCGUUUUCCUAACUGAUAAUCGGAGUCCCAUGAAUAAAAAUACUAAGGUGAUGGCUGCAGAUUUUGAAAAUCCAACUGAGGCCAAAGCCCAACUCAACAAAUAUGUUACUGACCACACAAGUGGAAAAAUCAAAAAUGUAUUCCGUAGCUUGGACAAAAAUACAGAUGCUGUUGUCAUCAGUUACGUAGACAAAUGGAAAGUUCCAGUCAGUGAAGGUCGGAAAUUCACUCUUCAGCUGACCGGAGAAUACAAUGUUAUGGUGAAUAAAGAGCUGGGUUUCACUAUGAUAGAGAUUCCAAAGAACCAGUAUGUGGCUGCACUGUACACUAUACCGGAUGUGGGGAAGGAAGAAGCAGUGGGGGCCGUUAUCAGUGACGUUAACCUGGCGCUGUGGAGAAAGUCAAUGACCAAACAGCUGAUAAAUCUCGAGGUGCCUCGCGCUACUCUGUACGGCUGUGCUGCGCUGACCACUGAACUAGUUAUCGACGGUGAUUUUGAAUACAUUAGAAGCAAGUACACAGCGAGAAUAUCAGCAACAUUCCCAUAAAGACGAGAGCUGAUGAGCCUCCGACAGCCAAUCACAUGCUUGAAAUUAGUCCCGUUUAGAAGCGAAAUACAAUGUUUCCCAUUAAAAACAAAAAUGCUUUUCUCUACUACAAAAAUAAAGCUGCAGACGUAAA